AGGGUUGGAAAAUGCAUAAAUGUGUGGUAAAAUGUUGGAAAGCACAGAAAUGCGCGGAAUGAAGGAAAAUUAGCAAAAACACAAAACAAAUAACACAAAUAGUAAUUCUUAGGAACAUCAAUUAAGUAACAGCUUAAUAUAAAAAGAGGAACAGGCAUGGCAGCUGCCAAUGUUCCGCCAGCAGGUAAAAUGCCGGCAACAACAAAGCGAGUACAAAACAUUGGCGACCUGGCUUUAUGGCAACGAUCGCGGGCGUACCACGACUUAAUUGGGUACAUAAAUGGCACCAGUUCGGCCAUCCAGGGAAUCAAAACCACCGACGAAAUGUACGAGUCUGAAAUGCUCAAGAAGCUUUUGGAACUCUUUGAAUCCUUGGAGUCCUUGGUCGCGAAACAUCCGCCGCUGGAGCAGCCGCAGCGUUUUGGGAACAAGGCCUAUCGGGACUUUGCCCAGGAUAUGAGGGAGCAGAUGCCAUCUUGGCUGGAGGAGCUACUGACCCCCGGAAAACAGCGGUAUCACAGCGAAUUGUUGCAGUACUUGCUGGAGUCCUUCGGAAAUGCUACCCGCAUAGAUUAUGGCACUGGUCACGAGCUCUCCUUCAUGUUUUUCCUCUGCUCUCUCUUCAAGGCAGAGAUCCUGCAGGAACAGGACAUUGUUAGUGCCGCCCUGAGGGUGUUCAAUCGGUACUUGGAGUUUGCCAGGCAGCUGCAACGAACCUACAACAUGGAACCAGCAGGAAGCCAGGGAGUUUGGUCAUUGGACGACUUCCAGUUUGUCCCCUUCAUUUGGGGCAGUGCACAGCUAGCGGUUAACAGCCCAUUCGAUCCUUCCAAAUUCGUGGACGAACAAGUUAUCAGCGACUAUAAGGAUCAGUUUAUGUUCAUUGGCUGCAUCGACUACAUCUGCAAGGUGAAGACAGGGCACUUUGGGGAGCACUCCAACCAACUGUGGAGCAUCACAGAUGUGCCGUCCUGGGUGAAAAUCAAUGCGGGUUUGGUCAAAAUGUACCAAAAGGAGAUCCUGUCCAAGUUCCCAGUCAUCCAGCAUGUUUACUUUGGCGAGCUAAUGUCGUUCGAGACCGUUUCUCCGGGCACAACCAUUUCGAAUGCCCGGCUGGGUCAUGUGGCUCCACCGCCUUCGAAGCGCAUCUGCAUCGGCACUCCGGGAUUGCUGCCGCCCGUUCCGGCCACUGUGUCAGCUCCUCCGCCUGCUGAAGCUCUGGCCAGCGACAAUGUGGGUGACUCCAGUAGCGAGAGCAGCGACAGCAGCGUUGUCCUGCGGGCGUCCACCUCGUCGGCCUCCCUGGUGGCGGAGGGAUCGGGCGAUAAGUCGCAUAAGCCAGCGCCUGUCGGAGAAGCCGCCAAGGAACAGGCAGCGGAAUAGUUUUGGCGAAAGCGUCGAUUACCUGUGUUACAAAUUUCCUAAUAAUAGCGUUGACACUCAGUCCAGUAAAAAGUGGUUUGCAUAAGAA